AAUUUCGCGUGUUUCGUUGCCGGCUAGUUGUAUCGAAAAAGUUCCACAAACACGCUGCACAGCCUCCCAUAUCACGAUGGAAGAAAAACAACCGAAAAAGGUUCUGUCCGAGCAGGAACGGCUCGAACUGGCGGCCCAGCUGGACAAGGAUCUGGAUGCGUUCAUAAGCUCGCUGGAGAAAAAGCGCUACACCGAGGGAUGGCCGGAAGACCGCUGGGAGGAGGAGAUGGCAAAGCAUCCGUUCUUCAUGCAAAAGUCGCCCGAACCGGGCGAAGAGCUGUCCCCGCUGAUGGAGGGGCUGCAGCAGCUAAAGUACGACCCGCAGGAAAACACGGAACAGGAGCUGGCCGAUACGUACAAAGAGGAUGGAAAGUUUUACAUGCAGCACCGCAAGUUCCGCAUGGCCGUGCUGAGCUACACGGAGGCAUUGCGCUACAAGGUGGGCGAUGCGGCGUACAAAGCGAUUCUUUACAACAACCGUAGCGCGGCCAACUACAUGCUGAAAAACUACCGCACUUCCCUGCAAGAUGCACAGAAAGCGCUGGAGCUGAACCCUGACUACGACAAGGCCCGAUGGCGUGCGGCACAGUGCGCUUCGGCGCUCGAUCGGUUUGAGCUGUGCGUUGAGCUUUGCGACACGAUACUGCAACGCGACCCGACGAACACUGCGGCGGUUGAGAUGCGCAAGGCUUGCCUUGCGAAAAAAGCCACCCAACAGCGUGACUCCCGGAAGGAGGCGCGCCAGGAGCGGGAGAAGCAGGAACGAUGGGACCGGCUCGUGACGGAGCUGAAGAAGCGCAUGGUAAAGUUCGAGGAGCGCAAAGCACUCGACGAUGAGCGUUUCCUCCGGCCACGGUUGGCACCGCUGGAGGACUUUAUGGUUUCGUGCGACGAGAACGGCGUCCUGAGCUGGCCCGUCGUUUUCUGCUAUCCCGAAUUUCAAACGACCGACUUUCAGCAGCAACUUUUGGAAACCACUACCAUGCAAGACGUACUGGAGCAACUGUUCGAGGAGCCGCUGGAGUGUGACAAGGCGGGACUGUAUCGUGCGAAGAAAGUGAACGUUUACUAUGAAAACAGGAUACUCGGGUUGGCCUACUUGGUGGACAAGAGCAAAACUAUCCGGGAGAUAGUGGCGGAAAGAACGUUCGUCGCGUUUCAAGGGACGCUCACAUUUUACAUCCUCGUGAAGGGAUCGAAGCAGGAGGAAUCGUUCAUUACGCAAACAAGGAUACCGCUGAAAAUAGAAUACUAACAGGAAACAUGCUGGGAAACUUGUGUAAAGUGAGGAAAAGGGGGUGAACACAAAAUAAUAAAUCGAUAGAAUCGGAUUCCACUUACCAUACCAUCAUAAUGCUACC